AUGGCCGAAAUCAACCUGCAAGAGAUCCAUGACCUCCUCAUCUCCGUCGCCCACGAGGCCGGGCGCAUGAUGAUGGCUGCAACACCUUCGUACCUCUCCUCUGGUACGAAGAAAAAUUCGGCCGACCUCGUCACCGAAACCGACCAAGCAGUCGAAAAGUUGGUCUCUACUCGCCUGCUCUCUGCCUAUCCAACCUUCAAAUUCAUUGGGGAAGAAACCUACUACCAGGGCCAAAAGCUCACCGAAGAACCCACCUUCAUCGUCGACCCCAUCGACGGCACAACGAACUUCGUGCAUACGUACCCUGCCUUUUGCAUAUCUCUUGGUCUUGCAGUCAACAAGUCUGCUGCUGUUGGAGUCAUAUACAAUCCGUUCCUAGACGAAUUAUAUACGGGAAUCAAGGGCAAGGGGUCGUUUGUUACACGCAAUGGAACGAAGUUGCGUCUGCCUCUGAAACAAGAGCCAGAGCCGUUGAAAGAUCUUAGUACAUGCCUAGUUGGCACAGAGUGGGGUUCUGACCGCUCUGGGAACAACUUCGCAGUGAAGACGAAGGUGUUCUCCAAACUCGCAGCAAGCAAGGAUGACGGCGGGGCGAUGGUGCACAGCAUCCGCUCGGGGGGUUCUGCGGCGUUGAAUCUUGUACUUGUGGCAGCAGGGCAGCAAGAUGUUUUCUGGGAGGGUGGGUGCUGGGCUUGGGAUGUAUGUGCUGGGUGGUGUAUUCUUGUUGAGGCGGGGGGCAUAAUGGUGGAUGGGAACCCGGGGGAUUGGCAACCGACGAUGGAGGGGAGGACGUAUUUGGCUGUUAGGGGGGCGCCCAGUGGGCAGAGGGAUAUUGUGGAGGAGAUGUGGAAAGUAAUUGGGGAUGGGAAGAUGAUCUACGAGAGUUGA